AUGUCAGUCUCAACCUCAGAAGUGUAUCAAUACAAGGCACCAUUCCCCACUUACUCUGUGCAUUGGUCUCAUAGACCUGGGUCGUUCCGACUCGGCAUAUCUAGCUUUUUGGAAAGCAGCAACAACAAGCUUCAAAUCAUCCAGUUGUUUAACAAGGCCGGAGAUUUUGUUAAAGUCGCUGAAGUGGAUCACACAUUUCCAGUAACGAAGCUUAUGUGGAGUCCGCACAAGGGAAUGGGGCCAGAUCUCCUUGCAACCAGUGGCGAUUACCUUCGAUUGUGGGAGCUUGUUACACCUGACGAAGCAAUGGAUACAGGAUUGGAUGGUGUUCCUUUAAGCAAUACAGACAUGGGUACAAUGAGUGAUGGCAAUUUUAUUGCCGAGCAACGUCAGAUUAUUUGCAGAGCCAAGCUAGCUAAUAUACGCAAGAGCAAGAAAGAACAAUGUGCACCAUUGACAUCGUUUGACUGGAAUGAUACUGAUCCAACCUUGUGUGUGACUAGCAGUGUUGACACUACGUGUACAGUGUGGGAUGUGGAGACACAACAAGCAAAAACACAAUUGAUUGCACACGAUAAGGAGGUAUAUGAUGUGGCAUUUUCAAAAGGAGUUCAUGUAUUUGGAAGCGUUGGUGCAGAUGGAUCUGUUCGUAUGUUUGAUCUACGUGCACUCGAUCAUUCGACUAUUAUUUAUGAGGUUCCAGCAGCAUUGUCGCCAACUCAUGAUGGACAUGCAAAAAAUGGAACUGGAUUGAUGCGACUUUCCUGGAAUAAACAGGAUCCUAACUAUCUGGCUACAUUUCAGCAGGAGUCAAAAUCAGUACUAAUCCUCGAUAUUCGAGUUCCUGCAAUACCCGUAACUGAGCUUCGUGGUCAUACUGCAAGUGUUAGUUCCAUCGGAUGGGCUCCACACUCCAGCGUGCAUAUUUGUACUGCCGGAGAGGAUUCGACAGUGCUUGUUUGGGAUAUUUCACAAAUGGCCAAACUCAAACACAUCAAAGAACCAUUAUUGGCAUACGCUGCCGAGUCUGAAAUCAAUGGACUGUCGUGGUCUACAGUGUCGCCAGAGUGGAUUGCAAUCACACAUGGAAGCAAAGUGCAGGCACUGCGAGUUUAAAUAAAUAUUUUAGUUUGCAAUC